AUGCAAGAAUCCAAAACAAAGUUGUCUUUGCCUGCCUACAUCCUAGUGGCACUAACGCUUACGCUCUCAGUGGCUAAGUCGUUUGAUGUCUGGGACGGUCCAGACAAGCAGCACCACAAGUGCACCCCAUGGUACUCGCUAUUUUUCCUUAUGUUCACCGUCUACUCGAAAGCCGUUGAAAUUGACCUGGCCCAGCGAAGACGCAUGCGUAUUCAGGGGUUGUUCCUUGCAGUGAUCUCGUGGGUUGAUGUGGUGAAUCUGUGGCAUGCAACUGGAGCCAGCUGGACCUACUGGGCCAAUCGAACCGCAGCCAUGGUAGCCCACACGUCAUCUAUGGGCGUUGCCAUGCACAAUUUUCUGGAGACUGGCUGGGCGUGGUGA